AUGGUCGGCGAGAGCUCCGAUUCUUCGCCGCUGGUGCCGCCGGCGCCUGUCAAGGACCCAUCUGAGAUUGACCUCGAGGCGGGGCCCGAUGAGCAAAUUCAAUGCCGUAUUUGCCUCGAAACCGACGGUAGGGAUUUUAUUGCUCCAUGUAAGUGUAAAGGGACAGCAAAAUAUGUUCACAGAGACUGUCUAGAUCAUUGGCGUGCGGUGAAGGAAGGGUUUGCCUUUGCUCAUUGCACAACUUGCAAGGCUCCUUAUUAUCUAAGAGUACACGGCGUUGCUGAUAGGAAAUGGAGAACAUUGAAGUUCCGAUUUUUUGUCACGAGAGAUAUUUUAUAUAUCUUUUUCUCCGUGCAGAUGGUUAUUUCUCUUUUGGCAUAUUUGGUGUAUCUUAUAGAUGGUUACCAGAAGUUUUGGCUUCGUCUGGCAUGGGGUUUUGACAGUGAAAUUAGCUUCUACUAUAUAUGUGGAGCAUUAUUGUUUUUCGCUCUGCUGGGCUUAUCUGGUUGCUUUAUAACUUGUUACGACAGAAGAGUUCGAAAUGAUCUGGCGCAGCCUUGUCGAGAACUGUGCCUUUGUUGUUGCCAACCUGGUAUAUGUGCCGAUUGCCACUUGCCCGGUACUCUUUGUAUGUGGACCGAUUGUACCACGUGCUUCGAAGGUUGUGCCAGUGCAGUUGGAGAAUGUGGCUGCCUUGGGGGAGCCGGUGAAGCUGGGCUACCUUUACUGUUUAUAGUUGCUAUAAUAGUGCUCGGCUUAUUUACCGUAAUCGGCAUAUUUUAUAGCGUUUUAGUGGCCACAAUGGUCGGGCAGAGGAUUUGGCAGCGGCACUACCAUAUACUUGCCAAAAGGAUGCUAACAAAAGAGUAUGUAGUCGAGGAUGUUGAUGACGAGAUGACGGGAGGCGACUGGUUACCCCCAACACUACCCCCAGAGCACGUUCAGCAGCUUAAAGGGCUUGGCCUUUUAUGA